GCCACCGCCGGGCUCGGUGGAAAGACGGCGAUGGCGACGUUGCUGCUGCUGCUUCUCUCGCUGGUGCCGGCCGCCGCCGCCGCCGCCUACCUGUGCUGUAUCCGGCGGUACACAGGCAGCGCGGCGGCCGUGCUGCAUCGCCGGGAGCCGGGCCGGCCCGAGGCGGGGGGCCGCAGCCCGCCGCGGGACUUCUGGACCCCGCGGCUGUGCGGCUUCGGGCUGCGCCUCUUCGUCCAUGUGGCCAACACGGCUUUUGGACAGAUCUGCUUAUUGCCGGUCUUAAUAAGGCUGAACAACUUUUCGCUCAUGCGUUCACUUGACAUUCGCGAAGAUCCCACGUUUAUCCCGGAGGUCGCUGCAGAGGUUGUGGAAGACAAGUCUGAGGCUAAAAGCACUUCGGAUAUUGUGAAGCAGCUGACAGAUGCAAGGUCUGAUUCUGCUAGCAAUGGGUUUAGCUUCAAAGGGAUCAAAGACUUCUUGGACUGCUACCGGAGUGGGAAGCUGACGCCAUCUCAAGUAGCAAAGAACAUCAUUGCCGUGCUGGAGGACUGUGACAAAUCCACGCCCCCACUCAGAGCAAUAGUGCAAUGGGACCGGGAGCAAAUAAUGCAGAUGGCUGAGGCCUCCACUGCUCGUUACAGGAAUAAAUCUACCCUGUCUUACCUGGAUGGCAUCCCAGUGUCUCUGAAAGAAGACUUCAAAGUGGUACCUUACCAUCACCGAGUGGGAACAGUGUAUCUUGGGACAGAGCCUGAAACAGAAGAUGCUACUGUGGCCAAGAAGCUGCGAGAGGCUGGGGCUAUCAUUAUUGGGGUCUCAAACAUGCAGGAACUAGGGACUGGAACAACUGGAUGCAACCCUAAUAGGUACCAUAAGACCCCUAGGAAUCCCUACAAGCCUAACCACUUCACAGGUGGGAGCUCCAGUGGGCCAGCAGCAGCUGUAGCAGCAGGUCUCUGCCCAGUGGCUAUUGGCACAGAUGGAGGAGGCUCUGUGAGGAUUCCCGCUUCGUUCUGUGGUGUGGUGGGGCUGAAAGGAACGUUUGGGCGCAUCAGUCCUCAUGGCUGCUUGCCGCUCUCGUACUCGACAGUCAGUGUAGGCCCUAUCUGUACCUCAGUGGCAGAUGCAGCCAUUGUUUACAGUAUCCUUGCUGAGCCGGAUCCGCUUUAUCCAUAUGGACUAAAACAGCCCAAAGCAACCCUAUCUGAUAUGUGUGCUCCUGACCUGAAAGGCUUAAAACUGGGAGUGGACUGGACAUUUUUUAAGGCAUGUGAUGCUGAAGUCCUGUCCAUCUGUGAGAAAGCUGUGGAGCACCUGCAGCGUUUGGGAGCCAGCGUUGUUGAAGUGACUCUUCCGGAGAUGGAGGAGGUGCGGAUAGCACACGUAAUCUGCAUUCUCAGUGAGAUGAGGGACUUCCUGCAACCUGACUUCAAUAAACAUUUCCAUGAAAUGAAUUUGGACACCCGGGCUAGCCUCGCCUUGGCUUCCCAGUUCACAGCUCUGGAUUAUAUUACGGCAAAUCGACAGAGAACUCGGACCAUGAGAUUUUUGCGAGAGAUCUUCUCCACUGUGGACUGUAUCCUUACACCAGCUGUUCCUUGCACUGCCCCAAGAAUCUGUGAAUCUGACCUCUCGACUGGCAUCAGCGAUUUGUACUUCACAGUCCGGUCCAUGAGGUUCAUGCAGCUUGGUAACUUGACUGGGAUUCCAGGCCUUGUGGUCCCCAUUGGGUAUUCUGCUGCUGGGCUUCCUAUCGGCUUUCAGGUCAUGGCAAAAUGGUGGGAUGAAGCUGUUCUUCUGAGGAUUGGCCCAAAGCUAGAGGAGUUUCGUUACCAGACCAAAAAACCAUCCAUUUAUUAUGACAUCCUCGCAUGAUGGACUGACCAAGAUGGGGAAUAAGUCUUUCUUUUCCUAGUCUGACCUGAUGAAGUAUUAGAGUGGACUUGUUUUCAGUGUUCAUCUGAAUAAGGCUUAGUAGCAGGCCCAUUUGAGGAAUAGCGAGGAACACUGGUCUAAGCAGACAUCAUUUUUGUUCCCUGUGUGUUACUGGAUGGUCCAUUUUAUACUGGUGAGACCAACUGUCCUAGCUAGUUCCUUGCUGUGUUUUUGCCAAAAGGGGAAGCUGCAACUAUCUUCUGCAACUUCUUUUUACGUAGGAGUCCUGUGUAGAGAUGGAAAACAGUUGCAUCUACAGGACUGCAUAUGGGCAGUUCACACCACUGUGCAUGGAAGGGUAAAAUCUGUAGACCUUAAACCUUCUCACAGAACUCCUCCUGCUCCAGAACAUGCCAACAGUACUGUUUUGAGGGGGAGAGGCACCUUCCCUUAAGAAAUAAUGCCUAGCUCCCUUGGAAUGAGGGGGAUCUUAACACAGCUGCAAUUAGGUGGUGUGUUUUGUGGCCCCUUACAUAGUCCUUCAGAGCAAAACAAAGCCUAUAGCUAUGGAAGCAUCACUGUGCUUCUGUUCUUUAUUCUGCAAACAGUGUAAGGUCAGACUAACCGUUGCACAAAGUGUAGAUGCACUCACAGUAUGAGCAGUCCUACCUACCUUCAGCCUUGCAUGCAAGGGGAGGAAAAGGCAGAGCAUGAACCCUCAUCAACUCUGACCUGGUUCAGGGUUCUGGCUUUCUGUUGCACAUGUCUAUUUCCCAAGCAAAGCCUUGUAGAGCCUCUUUUCUGCCACUGGCUUCUUAAGUAUAAUCUUACUAUCUUUAGGUGUCCAAAUGGAAGAAAUGUCUUGGUAAUGCUGUGACGUACUGCUUAAGGGGUGCUGAGCCAGCUAUUACAAACAGGUGAAAUCGGUGUGGUACUGACAGUAGGGAAUGCUACUGAGCAACUGGCAAGAGUUGAAGCUGGGUGCAGGAAAGGUGUUGCACAAAGACAUGUACAGCAAAGGGCUUGCUCUAGCUAAGAAGCCAACUCCCUCUUAUCCCAAGCGUAGUUCCUGAAGUAAUCAAGGUAGAAUUAAGAUGAGGAUAUACUACAAUAAAGCAUGACAUGACUCUAAGCCACAGUACUGUUUUUCAUGGAAAGGCCCCAGACUGUAAAUGCCCAAGUACCCAUGUCCUCCCAGCAGCACCAGGGCCAUAUGAAAGACAGGAAGGGGCCUAGAAGUAACCAAAGCUAAACAUUUGUGUUCGUUUUGGAGUAGCUUGGGGUUAAUGCUCAGAGGCAUCUCCUGUUGCCUGCCUCAUCAGGCAACCUGGGCUUGCGAUCAGGCUGCUGCAGAAUCUGUCCUACAGACAGGAGCAGAGAAGAUCACCAUGUUCUUACUUAGCUUGGAAGGAAAGAACAAACAGGAAAUAGUUGCAGUUUCUCCCAAACUCAGCAUGGUUUCAGGUUUUUUUCUCUCCAUACAUAUCCACUCUUUGAAGAGAGCUAGCACUUUACUAAUGGCUAAAGUUAGAAGUCAUGGCAUCUGAAUGGAAGAACAUUGCAUUGCUGUCUCCUCCUUCAUUACCUGAUUAAAGCAUCAACUCCUACCAUCAGCUGCCACCAUCAUCCAUGGUUAAAUUGAUUAUAUGGUUGAUAUUAUCUUCAAGUCCUUUAUGGAGUUCUGCCAUAACUACUUUUUCACUAGAUUCUAGUAUAGUUAAGCUUUAUAAAGAACAGUUUAAAAGUGAAGUAUUUCCUCUGUUACUAAUGCUAAGUUAUUAAUGACCACCAACAUACCUUAGAGUGAAACACUGCUGAAAUGCAUUGUAUAGCAAUAAGGGAGUUGAUAAGUGUCUGAUAAGAAUAAAUUUCUGUCAGGAACAUUACUGCUUGAAGGAAAUGGCUGGAUAGUCCCUAAUUUAAUGCUAUUACUCGAGGGGUUAUAGAUGGUUGUUUAAAAGAAUCAGUUACCAUCUUCCUGGAUGAAGCUAUUUAUGCCAAAUACCUUCUUAAAUGAUACACUACCCUGAAAUUAUAAUUUCAAUAUUUAGUUCAUUUUCUGGGUAGAGAGAGGGAGCUCAAGUUACUGGGAAGACAGAUAGGAGUUAAAAUGAAUCAUAGACUCAUUUAGGUUGGAAAACACCUUUAAAAUCAUCGAGUCCAAACGUAAAGAAUUUGCUAUUUUUAAAAAAUAAUACUUGCAUCCUGCUAGAAGAAAGAACUGAGAGCUUUUGCUGACUGACAGUAACUUAGUCUGUCUCUCCGCAUACUGCUUCCUCCCUUUCCCUAAACGGGUAUCAUAUCAGUGCACAUUUCCCUGGUACUGAGGUUACUCAGCUAAACUUUGCUCAUCCUGGUGGAAGGCCCCUGUGUUUCCUCUCCUCCCGUGGCUGUUAGCUUAUCCAAGUUCUGCAGCAGACCAGUUCCUAAUUAAGAGCAGUUCUAUCCCCACAGUAUGCAAUAGCAAGGCAGUUGUGUGAGCAAAGCAGACACAGUGACCACACACACAAUCCUGUUGCUUCACAUAGAUAUAUGUAUGGGUAUAGAUAUACGGUAUAUACACAUUGAUCUUUAUAUAUAUAAAAUAACACCUUGUUUAUAAAGCGACAUUUAAUUGCCACUGGUUCCCUUCCCGCCCCACAGAAAUAAUAGUAUACAAAAUAUAAAAUAUUUUAAAUAUUUAUAAACGCCGCAAGAAAAAAAAUAGAACUGUACGAAAAUAUGUUUGUUUUUUUUUCUGAGGUUCCCUCCCUGCCCUGUGGGAAGGGAAAGAAAAUGGGUACACAUUUGGCCGGCCUAGUGUGCCUUGAGUCCAUAGUUGUUAAGUGGGUAGGAGUAUGCCUUGCCUAAUACUAUCCGGUCCCGGAGGAGCUUAAAUAAGACAUAAUAAUUGCAGAAAAGGAUGAGGGCCAUGGAGAGGGUAUGGUUCCACUUCUCUGAGCGCAGCAGUGAGUAGAGCUGGUAGCAGACCACGCUGCCUUCAAUGAGAAUCAGCAGGUUGAGCAGCCGUAAUGGACGGUGAAAAAGGAA